AUGGCGAAGACUGACGUUUCUGCGGCUGACGGCGGACGAUCAUGGCCCGACCGAAUGACGGCGUGGCAGAUUGACACUUACGCGCCGUUUCAAGACUCGGCCACGCUCAACGACAAGGCAGAGUCGCCCGCGUCCCUCGGACCCAAAGAAGUUCUGGUACGUGUCAGGGCAUCGUCCGUCAAUCCCAUCGACGUCCUCAUGGCCGAGGGUUAUGGUCAAGUACUAUUGAGCCGGGUCCGGCAGGCGAAAAAAAAGUCAUUUUUCAGGACGGUCGAGUUCCCGUUGACUCUGGGACGGGAUUUCGCAGGUGAAGUAGUUGCGAAAGGAGCUGAAGUUGGCUCGGAACAAGUGAACAUCGGCGACGCUGUUCUUGGCGUCGUAGCUCCUUACCAACACGGCUGUCAUGCCCAAUUCGUCACCGUUCCCAUAACUCAGGUAGCCAAAAAGCCCGAUCAUAUGUCCUACGAGGAAGCGGCGUGCUUGUUGUACACAGGCCUAACCACGUGGUGCGCCUUGACAUCAGCCGGUGGCCUGAAUGCUUCAAACGCUGCAGACAAGAACGUAUUGGUCAUCGGCGGUUCCGGUGGUGUUGGUAAUAGUGCGAUACAGAUACUCAAGUCGUGGGGCGCCAAGGUAACUACUACGUGUAGCACAAAUGCCAUAAAUCUAGUGAAAGGACUUGGACCAGAUAAUAUCAUUGACUACACUACCGCAGAUUCGCAAAAACAGUUGGAACAGUAUGGAAAGUACGACCUGAUUCUGGACGCGGCCGGGAUACCAUACGGAGAUAUCGGCGGAGCGUACACGCCGCUCUUGAAACCAUGGUCAUGGGCGAAGUUCGUCACGCUCCGCAGUCCAGUGUUGCACAACACGGACUCGUACGGAAUGGUGUUCGGCAUGCUGAAGAACGCGUUCGACCUGGUGGCGCCAAACGUCUGCUCCGGCGCCCUGUUCAAAGGCUCCACGAUCCGUUGGGGUUUUUUCAUGCCCGCUGAGCACGGAAUUGAGGAGCUAGCCCGGCUAGCCACGGAGAAGAAGAUCACCGUGCCCGUUGACAGCGUUUACGGGUUCGCGGACAUGAAGGAAGCGUUCGGCAAGGUAAAAGCUGGACAUCUCCGGGGCAAAGUGGUCGUCAAGUUUGACGAAAAGUAA